AUGUGGAUGUUCGACUCAUAUCUCAUUGUGCCCUUCGGCGCAUCUAACAGCGGCAUCGAUCGCGUAUCACUCGAGAACGGUAUCUGGCAAGCAGAGACUGAGGUGUUCCAUUUAGACUAUCAUUGUACACCAAUGGUUCUAUCUGAUAAGAGAAUUCUAGAUAUCAGUUACACAGCCGCGAACGUCUCACAGUCAAACGAUGCGUGCCCGAACGAUGUUUGUACCGUCAAGUCCAAAGGAUUGCAGAUUCGAUCGCAGGACGGUUGUGAGGUUCGGAUUCAAGGACCCAUCGAUGUCUAG